UGCUUCCUGACCUAUUAUUUUUUUGUGAAGCGCUUGACAAGGAAAAGUUUAGCUUAUCAGUCAGUAGCAAGCAAAAUGAAGUUUUUGGCAGUUACAGUUAUCCUUGUGAAUUUUAUUUCUACAUCCGUGUCGACCAAAUGUAAUUUUCCACCCGAUUUGUGGUGCUCAUCAAAAGAAAUCGCCGAAUUAUGUCAGGUAACAGAACAAUGUGCUGUCAACAGUUGGAAUAUCAAGUCUGAUGGACCACUGGUGAACUUUACCCUGUAUUACGAAUCGUUAUGUCCUUACUGUAGACAAUUUAUAGUUGAUCAGCUUUUCCCAGCUUACCAGGCUGUUGGUAAAAUAAUGAAUCUUACCAUUGUACCAUAUGGUAAUGCUGAGGAGACUGAACAUGGUGAUCUGUGGAAGUAUACUUGUCAACACGGACCAAAUGAAUGCGUUGGUAACUUGAUAGAUUCUUGUGCUAUCUAUUACAUGAAUCAAUCUGAAUAUAUGCCUUAUAUAUACUGUAUGGAGAAAGCAACAUCCACCAUCGAUCCAAUUAUGGCAGCUAAAAAGUGUGGAACCCCAAAUUAUGCCCCAGUAGACCGGAUAUUGGAAUGUGCUAAAUCAAGUUUUGGUAACAAAUUAGAACAUGAAAUGGCCGAAAAAACUGAUGCCCUUCGACCACAGCAUCAAUAUGUACCAUGGGUUACACUGAAUGGGGUACAUACAGAAAAAAUACAGGAUGAAGCUAGCAACCAUUUAAUAAAGCUAAUCUGUCAAACUUAUCAAGGUUCCAUGAAACCCGCUGCAUGCAAGAAGUUUGAAAAACCAGACUCAAAACGUUGUUAUAAAUAGAUUCUAAUCGUACAUCAAAAGGCUUUUGCUCAGACAAGUUUUGUAUUAGAUUAAAGUUACAAUUUCAUACUUUUAAGUUAUAUUUUUAAAAUGUAUUAAAAUAAAGCCUUAAAAUAGAUGGUAUCUAUAAACAGUCCUACCUUGUUAAAGAAUAAUCCUAUUAAUCCAAUAAUUCACUAUUGUGAGUUGAGAAAUUGGCAAAAAUAUCAUUUUCAACUUCAAAUUCAAACAUUUGAAGAUAGCUAUUCCAUGAAUGAUGAUUUUUAAGUGUGAGAAUGAUACCUAUGAUCGUAUAAUAGUGAGUUGACAACCUGUUGAGCGAAAGACAUAGAAAUAAUUAUGUUUUGACUUUCUUAGAAAAUAUGAAAUUGUAACUUUAAAGCAUUUGUCUGUCAUAUGAUGGCUAAUGUCUGAACAAUCUGUUUAAAACACAGAUCGUAUUUCAUUUCAUUUUUUAUAGUUCAAAAUUUUGUUUUACUUGUCUUUUCUACACUAGGAUCUGGAAGAGUUGUUAUAUAACCCACGUUCUGAUUGAUGUGAGGGAUUAGCAAAUGAAACGGUCUGUUAAGGCGAUGCACGGAACUGUCAGUAAACCACUAGAAACGUCAAUACUGAUUGAUUAAUCAAUGUCUGACAUCAUUGGGUCAAAAGCCGCUCGUACGACCCCUGACACGACCUUCCAGUACAACUGGUCAGAUCUUCAUGUAGUGUAGACCAUCGAAAGUAUAAAAAAAAAAAAAAAAAAUAUAGAUCUGUAUUUUAAUGGGAUUGAUGUCUGAUGAUAUAAGACAAGCAGAACAUCCUUGAAAUUUAAUGACAAAGUUUGGUAAAUGGGCAAUAGACCUGUCCCAGAGGUCACAAACCAUUCUCAAAAUUGUUCAUCUUAUUUUAACUAAAAUAUAGCCCUUUAUAAAACUUUUAUUGUUUUAGUGUAUCAAAUACAUCAAUAAGAAACUAUGUGCAAAGUUUUGUUUCUGUAUUAAAGAUAUUUCUUAUAAACAGUGAUUGAAAGUUGAGUAAAUUCUUAGCUUGAGUCUGAGAAUGCUUUGUGAACUCAGGGUUUGGUGUUUAUUAAAUUACAUUAAUUUAUGACUGUGAUUAAAUUACUUUUAACAGUAACAAGUACUAGUAAUGUAGAAAUUACAUUAAUUUAUGACUGUGAUUAAAUUACCUCUAACAGUAACAAGUACUAGUAAUGUAGAAAUUACAUUAAUUUAUGACUGUGAUUAAAUUACUUUUAACAGUAACAAGUACUAGUAAUGUAGAAAUUACAUUAAUUUAUGACUGUGAUUAAAUUACUUUUAACAGUAACAAGUACUAGUAAUGUAGAAAUUACAUUAAUUUAUGACUGUGAUUAAAUUACCUCUAACAGUAACAAGUACUAGUAAUGUACAUGUAGCAAUUACAUAGAUUUAUGACUGUGAUUAUAUUACCUCUAAUAAUGCUAGAAUUAUUUCUGCUGAUCUUUUGAUCAAAUCUAUUUUUGUAUCCUUGUUAAUCAAACUUAAUUUAGUUAUCAGUGUCGCAGUGAGAAACAGAGUUUAACAUCCACUCGACACAAACUAGGUCAUUUCGAGACUAACAUAUGGUUCAGUUUGAUUUCAAUAAUUUCCUUGCACAUAGGGGUCUUUAGCAGUGGGAGAAAACUGGAGAAUCCGGAGAAAACCCACGUGGUUGGACAAGCGACCGUACUUCUUAUCACGUACAACCGAGGAAUUGACACCACACCAGUUGACUCAAUGACAGACCCUAUGAUACAACGCACAUGUGCUAACCAUUCGGCCAUCCAACCACCUGCUUUUAAGAUGUUAUGUAUGUUACAGGUGUUAUUUAUAUGUGGGUUUUGCAUUUAUUUGUUGAUUUUUAAAUACUCUGUUUUCAUUUACAUUCCUUUAUUAAUCAAAUGAUUAUAAAAUACUCUGUUAUAUUUAUAUUUCAAAUGAUUA